ACAGGUAAAAAGCGUGCUUGUGAUUAGUUAUUAUAUAAAUAAUUAAAUGGUAUUUUAUUAAGGACAUAUUUCAGUAUUGUCAUGGUCAUAAAGUUGUCAAAUUUUACUGUGAAAAUAUUUGUAAUAUUUUCGUUACGUAACAAUGUAUGGUUAUCUUGACAGAGCUAUUGAAGAAAUUUACUCUAGAAGAUGUGCCAAUAUCAGAAAAGUUAAUCGCUGCUAAAAUUUUGUUCAUUCGUUCGGAGUUUUGUUAUGUCAGUAGAAAAGAAGAAGCUAUAUUGGAGUGGCUUCUUGAAUUGUGCAACCAUGAUGUUUCAAGUGAUAUUUUAAAUGAAGUAUGGCACACACUACAAAAUUGCCUUGAGAGUGAAACUAUGAAUCAUAUUAAAGUUGUUGACAUUAAUUCUGAAACUAAAGAAAACCUUGUUAAGCUUCUCAUUCGAUCACUAGAUUCUCAAGUGCAUGGACUACCUUCCAAGAAAAACCCAAGAUCGUGCAAUAUGAGAGAAGAGAGUCUUCCCAGAGAGUGUUCUGUUCUGAUUUUGGAGAACACCGUUUUUUUAUACUAUUUCCAAAAAAAUCUAGACAGUUAUGUCAGUUUGAGCCAACUUCUUUUAAAGUCAGCUGAAGAGAGUGGAGAUGUAAAAGUAUUUAGCAGAUAUAUGAAAUCUGUUGUUAGUUUUUGUGAUCAAUGUCAAAAUUCAAAUAAAAUUUUUAUUCAAAAGUUACUACUUCCAAUUGUGGAAACUUUCUGUUCAAUGAAGAAAAUGAUGAAUCCCAUUUCAUCUUGUGAUCAUAAAUUGAAAGUAGACAUCCCAAGUAUUGACAAUACUGCUAAACACAUUGAAGAAGAUACUUUAAAAUCUCAAUUGUUAAAUUUAAUACAGCGGGUAAUUUUUCCAAGUUUUGUACAAAAGAAUCUGAAGAAUGGACUUGAACAUUUAUUUGAAAAAAAAAUUCAAGAUUCAUCUGUUCUACACAUUUUGAUUCAGUUUUUGGUGAAAAAUGUGUCAUGUCAGGAAGAGGUGUUAUCUAUUUUAUAUGCUUGUGUGUUUGAAGCAUUUGUUAUUGUGUUCAAAAAUGAUUUUAAUGUUAUCUUCCGCUUCUUUAUCAUAUUAUGUGCACUUCUAGGAUUGGAAAUUAAAAUUAUAAAGGAUGAAGAAAACAAAGAAAUGUGUUUGUUGUCUAAAGAUGAUGUUUCUGAGGCACUGGCUAAGAAAAUGCCAGUUCCUGAAGUACAAGUGUUGUUAUUAGUUUUAAAAGAGAUUAUUGCUGUACUGAAGAAUGCAGAUUUACAUUUGGAUGAAACUAUAAAUGAAAUUUCAUUUAUGAAAUGGUUCCAAGGUCUUGUGAUUCAGUUAAGUGCCUCGUUUGGAACGCUCCCAGAAGUAUACAGUAUUAUGACUAUUAUCAUUGAACUUAGUCCACUUAUUUUUGCACCUAUAAUCAACAGAGUACUGAUAAAUGAGUUUGUGAAACAUAAAACAACUCAAGAAGAAAAGAAACAGUAUAAAAUAUUUUUUCUUGCUAUGUUCAACUCGCUUCUUAAGAUUCAUCCAUUGCAGAGUUUUAUCCGUAAUAAUUUACUUCCAAGUUUGAAGCAAGCUAUUGAAGAAAGAAGACUCAAAGAAUCUGCCAUUAUAGAUAUGACAAUUUCUGACAUUCUUCCUGAUGGAUUUAUCACUGCAUACAGUAAAGUUGUGGAAACAAUCUCUGAUGGAGGCCAUCGGUUAUUCCUAGAGGUGUUAGAGAAUUUACUUGUUCCCUUUCUUGGAGGAAUUAGAGUGGCAGAACAGACUGUCCUUAAAGAAACUUAUGCAAAGUUUUUGACUAAUUUUCUGGAGUUACAAACUUGUCUUGGAAGAUUUUGUACUGCUCUUCUUCAUUAUAAGCAUUGCUCAAAAUCUUUGGCAUCAUUUCUCCACCUUUGUUUUGCUGUGGGAGAAUUGAGGUUACUAUUACUUCUCUACAGUCCUUGGAGUAAGCAAGACGAACAUUUGCAAAUUGAAUCAUCUGCCAAUCUUGGCAGUGACGCAGAACAAAUGCACCUGCUGUCUUUUCUUUCUUUUCAGCAGUGGAAUGACAUUCGACAGAGAGCUGUUGAACUUGGUGAUGAAGCUUGUCAGAAAUCAUUGGAAUAUUUCUUAGAAGUAGGAAGAAAAAUUAAUGGAGCUGUGGAGGAUUUCCUUCAAAACGCAGAAAUGGAAAAGAUAUCAUUCAAUUCAUCUAAAUUGUUGAGGUAUCUAGAACUUUUACGAUGUCUGCCUUUGCCAUUUUUACCUCAAGAAACUCAGACAUUUGUAGCUUUGGGAGUAUUGGGUGUUUAUGUUGUUUUAAGUGAAUUCUCAGUUGAGUGUAGUAAUGAGAUACAAAAUCAAGCAGAAGAAGGCAGUUAUGCUAGUCACAGUCAAAUUAUUUCAAUCAAGAACUUGUGCAGAGAACUUUUGCUUGGACUUUUGGAUGGGCCAUCUCCUGUAUCUUUCUUGGGCCUGGUAGAUAUUGGUCUGGUGGUGCAGCUGAUGCAUCGGGAUGGACAGUGUCCAAAGUUACUCCUAGAACUACUUUUUGAGGAUUGUAUUAAGAAACCUGAACAUCUGCAGAAGGUGGUUGAAGCUGUUUGUGUUGUGGAUGAGCAUGUGAUAACCCACGUCAACAUCGACACUACUCCUAUCAGCACUCUGCUCCUUCAAUUGCUAAGAAAAUUUUCAGUAUUGGAAAAUCCAGAUAUGUAUCAGGAUGCAGUGCCAAUGGCAGAAAAUCUUUUGGAAGUUGUUACAAGCAGUCAUAAAAAAAUUAAGAAUGAUUUGCCUGGCAAUGUUCUGUGGAAAACAUACAAGUCUCUUAACAGACCGCAACUAGUGGCAAGGCUAUUGAAGAAAGCAGCAGUGUCAGAUUUUGAACGUGUUUUGAAAGACCUAUGCCAAUCAUUGAAGCCAAGUGAUGGUCAGCCAAAGGAAUUUCCUGACUUGCGCCUUCCUACAAGUCUUGCAACUAUGCCAAUGGAGGCUGCAAAAGCUGUGUCUAUAGAGAAGAUGAUGGUGCGCAUAAGUUCUGUGGCCUUCAGUAAGGUCAUGCAAGGGGAUUCUGAUGACAAGCUGCCUGAGUUAUUAGCAUUUCUUUUGGCAAUAGCAAAACGAUCCAAAGUGUCAUUACCCUUUGAGUUGGCAGACGUCAUUCUAAGGACUAGUGUGUGUGCUUUGAAUGUUCCGUCAAUGUCUCGUGAGCUUGCAAUGUCUACUAGUACUGCUGUAAUCCAACUGCUUUCAAAAAUGGUGGUGCACCACUUUGCGUUACUGAGUGACCGGAUACCAUCAUUUAUGCAGGUUUAUCGCAUGGCAGUUCACACAGUUGUAAUAAGCAGUGCAGUGGAAUUGCAGCUCACAAAUGAAGAAGCAGAGAAAUGUUGUAGAUGUGCUCUGGAGAUAGAACAAUUGAGUAAAUCAUUGUCACAACACUCCUUGGAUUUUAAAGCUGUGUCACAGCAUUUAGUGGCGGGCAUGUUACAAGAGUUGGAAGAGACUACAAUUCACCACAAAGUGAAGUUCCACAUCAUGAAUUCAUUGUAUGCGCUAAUGGACCUGUGUGAUAGAUUUGCAUUUGCCCAUCUUAAUCAAGCUCUGGCACCCACAUCCUUGGAACUAUUCAAGACAGUUAGGAGUAACUACAAGAAAUUUUACCGGUACACUGGCAAAGUGUAGGCCAAUUCCUCGAAUUGUUAUUGAGAGUUUCAUUUAUAAGACAGUUUGUUACUGAUGAGUAUUGUAUAUAAUUGUAUAUUCAAAUGUUUUUGUACAUUUGUACUGAAGUUAUUUUUAUGAUAAAGUUUGUGUCUUCUUAAA